AUGCGGUCUAGAAAGUCAACGCGAGUCGUGGCGAAUCGGAAGAGGUCAACAUCCCGUCGCGCCACGAUAGCGGAGGCGGGGGAAGGGAGCGGGAUUGAGGCGGGGAAGGAGGAGGGGAGCGCGGGGAGUUUGAGAGUCGCCGUAAUUUGCGGGGGGCCGUCCGAGGAGCGCGGAAUCUCGCUUAACUCGGCGCGGUCCGUGGUGGACCACCUGGAAGCGCCUGACGUGGAGAUUAAGACGUACUAUGUAGACCCGUUCUUGAGAGUCUUCGCCAUUCCGACCACGCAGAUGUACUCCAACACGCCUGCCGAUUUCGACUUCAAGCUUCGCAGCAUGGCAUCGCCUUUCCCCUCCCUGCCUGCAUUUGCGGCACACCUGUCCAAAGCAGCUGACAUUGCCUUUCCAGUUAUCCAUGGGAAAUUCGGGGAGGAUGGGGGCAUACAGUAUGCGUGUGCACAGCACAUGAAGCGUUGCGGCUUUCCCACCCUCCCGUCCUUUCUCAUCCAGGCUGGGGUAAACGACAACGAUGGUGACGUGGCGCUUGCUGAUUGGUUCACCUCCAACGGACUCUCACCAGACACCGGCUCUGUUGUGGUGAAGCCAGCGCGCGCGGGGUCGAGUGUCGGUGUCUCUGUGUGUUCCGGUGCAAAGGAAGCUUCCCAGAAGGCCCGCGAGCUGAUAUCUGAGGGUGUGGACGAUCGGGUGGUGGUGGAGGUGUUUGCAGCAGGGGGGAAGGAGUUCACUGCCAUUGUGUUGGAGUCAGCAGCUGGGGCGGGGGGUGAGGAUGGGAACAAUGGCACCCGCAGUGCAGUGUGCCUGAUUCCCACGCAGGUGGAGUUGACAGGCUUUGCUGCUGCUCCUGCCACGGCAGCAGCAGAAUCACUUGAAGGCGCUGAGUCUGAUAGUGACAGCAGUGGGGAUAUCUUCGACUACCGACGGAAAUACCUUCCCACACAGCAGGUUCUCUACUCCACGCCGCCUCGCUUCCCCCCCACCAUCCUCGCCUCCCUCCGCUCCUCAGCCACGCGCCUCUUCUCCUCCCUCUCCCUCCGCGACUGUGCUAGGCUGGACGGAUGGUUCCUCCCUCCUUCCUCCCCGGCAUACACCCGCGUGCUCGCAGGGCUGAAAGCUAGUAAAGAGGAGGCUGAUAACGAGGACAAUGGGCAGGGGGGGGAGUGGGAGGAGGAGUAUAAGGAGGGGAUAGUGGUGUUCUCGGACGUCAAUAUUGUUAGCGGCAUGGAGCAGACCUCUUUCCUCUUCCAGCAGGCUGCUUUGGUGGGCCUCUCCCACUCCCUCAUCCUCAGGUGGAUCCUCGCUUCAGCCUGUUCCAGAUACGACCUUCCCCUCCCUCUCCACCCCCCUCCGGCUACUCCUGGCGUCGGGGGUUUGGGAGAGGAGGGAGGUGGAGGGGAGGGAGGUGAAACAGGAGGGAGGCGGCAGCUGGUGUGGGUGUUAUUUGGAGGCAGCACAGCAGAGCGCCAGGUGUCUCUCAUCAGCGGGACCAACGUGUGGCUCAAGCUGCGUUCUUGCCCGCAGUUCGACGUGCAACCAUUCCUUCUCUCUCCAUCUCACGACAGCAGCAGCAACACCGCUGGGACCAGCAGCAGCAAUGGCUCAGGCAACGUGUCGAGCCCCGAAUCUCUCUCAUUGAGUGAACGAGCGGCGUGGGCAGCAGAGGUCGAUACGGUCUGGUCCCUCCCGUACCCUGCAAUCCUGCGACACACUGUAGAGGAAGUCGAGGCGGCUUGUAUCGAAGCAUCAAGAGAAGCAGCUCGACUGAAAGAAGCCGAAACAGAAGCAGAAGCAGCAGCUGCAGCAGCGGAAACAGGCAGCAGCAGCAGCAGCAGCAGCAGCACUUCCGCCUCCUCCUCUCCCGUACACUCUCUCCUGUCUUCUCUCCAGCAAUCCAUCAAACAAGAACUCGUGGGGAGGGAUAAGCCCUCUUCAUCUGGUGGUGGUGCUGAUGGUGUUGGUGCUGCUGCUGGUGUUGCUGUUGCUACUGGCGGUGGUGGUCGCUUUGGGGAUGUGGAUGUGCGUGUGCCACCGAGACAGAUGUCGCUCCGUGAUUGGGUGGCUGCUGCGAAAGCACAAGGCGCAGUUGUCUUCAUCGCAGUGCAUGGAGGGAUUGGCGAGGACGGCACGCUACAGCACCUGCUGGAGCAUGAGGGAGUGCCCUUCACUGGUUCCGGGUCUGAAGCAUCUCAGCUGUGUAUGGACAAGGUCGCCACAGGCCAGGCCAUCGCGCAUCUGACCUCGCAAGGGAUAUUCUCGGCUCGAAAGCUACUCCUUUCCCUUGACCAGCUGCUGCCCUGUGCUACAGCUGAUGGUGGCGCUGCUGCUGCUUCUGCUGGUGCUGGUGGUGGUGCCGCCGAUGCCACGUGGCAGCGUCUGAUUGGAGAGCUCCAGGCGGCCUCGUUCUGUGUAAAGCCCGCGACAGACGGUUGCUCUGCUGGCGUCGCCCGACUCGCCACCCCAUCUGAUCUAGCAGCCUACGUUGCAGCAGUCAGGGAUGCGGCCCCUCGCCUGCUGCCCGGCCAGCUAUCCACGUUGUGUGGGAUAGUGGAGAUGCCUGUUCGCCCCCCAACGCACCUCCUCUUCGAGCCCUUCAUCGAAACAGACCCCAUUCGACCGCUGCCAACCGCACAGCAGCACCAGAACCACCAGCAGCAGGAAGAGGAAGCGGAGGGCACGUGUGACAAUAACGAGGGGCUCGUGUGGGAGGGCAGGAGGCGGUGGGUGGAGGUGACUGUAGGGGUGGUGGGGCACCGGGGCAGGAUGAGGGCGUUGGCUCCGAGUGUGACUGUAAAGGAGGCUGGAGACGUGCUCACACUUGAGGAGAAGUUCCAAGGUGGCACGGGCAUCAAUCUCACUCCUCCCCCAACGUCCAUCAUCAGUGCAAGUGCGCAGGAGGCGGGGCGGAGGCGCAUUGAGAUGGUGGCCAAUGCUCUCAACAUCGACGGUUUCGCCCGGAUUGAUGCCUUCAUGCAUGCAGACACCGGCGAGGUGAUUGUUAUUGAGGCCAACACUGUCCCGGGCAUGACUCCUUCAACCGUGCUUAUGCACCAGGCCCUAGCUGAGUCGCCGCCGAUUCGACCAAGAGUUUUUUUUGCCAUGGCAAGCACGCUGGUGCAUCGCACAGAGAAUAAGGAGGACGAAAAGCCAGAGAAGCUUCCUCAAGUUCGAGCCGUGAUUCCCGGUCCUACGCCUGGAUCUCGUGUGACUAUAGCGGUGGGAAGUAGUAUCCAUGAGAUCUGUCUCGUUCCGUUGCUGCAAAUUAGAUGGAUCAGGCCGCAGAAGGUUGGACCUGGGUUGCGAAAUCUAGGUAACACGUGUUACCUGAACAGCGUGUUACAAUGCUUGACAUACACGCCGCCGCUCGCGAAUUUCUGCCUGCAGCAGCAGCACACCAAGAUCUGUGCACUUCUGAACCCUGGGGGAACAGCGUCCUGCCCCUUUUGCAUUCUCGAGCGCCGAAUCGCCCGUUCUUUGACUCUCGAGGCCGCCCGGGACACGCCCAGGGUUGUAGUGAACCGCUUAAAGCUGAUUGCCAAGAGUUUCAGUCACGGGGCGGCAGGGGCGGCAGCAGGGGCGGCAGCGGAUCAGAUAGGCUCACCUGGGAAAUCUCCUGGUAGAAGCAAGGGAAGCCCAAGGGGAGCAGGGGGUGUGGGCGGAGCAGGGGAGGGAGGCGCAGGGGGUUGUUCAGGUGGACAAGACGAGCCGCAUACUAUAGUGAAAGAGAUCUUUGGUGGGAUUUUGCAGAGCCAGAUUCGGUGCUUGCAGUGUGACGGGGAGUCUAAUAAAAGGGAUGCGAUUUUGGACCUGAGUCUGGACGUGCAUAGGCUGGGGUCGCUAAAAGACGCACUUAAUAGGUUCACGAAGCCUGAAGUUCUGGAUGGGGAGAAUAGGUACCGAUGUGACAAAUGCAACCGGCUGUCUGCUGCGCGAAAGGCGCUGACGAUUUUCCAUGCGCCCAACAUUCUUGUCAUUCAGUUCAAGAGGUUUGAGAACGUGUUUGGGGGGAAGAUUGACCGGCACAUUCGAUUCGAGGAGCGCAUCUCCCUGAAAGGCCACAUGAGCGGCUGUAGCAAGGAUACCCAACCAGAGUACACACUCUUUGGUGUGGUUGUGCAUGCGGGGUCGUCCCAAGACUCAGGCCAUUACUACGCAUAUGUCAAGGACUCCACAGGCAAGUGGUCCUGCUGUGACGAUUGCUCCGUCUCCCCAGUGGCCCUCCCAGACGUUCUAGCAGACAAGGCCUACAUGCUCUUCUACCUCCGCCUCUCCCCCCGCCCCCCCGGAUCCACCUCCCUCUCCUCCCUCUCCUCGCCCACCUCCCCUCGCCCCUCCCACCGCUCGCCCGCACCCCUGUCUCUUGAUCAUACCAACAAGUCUCCUCUCUCCCCGUCUCGGUCUGGGAAGCUUGCUGCUUCCCGCCUGGCUGCUGAGUUGCAGGCGGCACCUGCUACAGCAGCAGCAGCUGCUGCUGCUGCUGCUGCCGCUGCUGGUGCUGGUGGGUUUGGGGCUGGGGCUGUUGCUUGUGUUGGUGCUGCUACAGCUGCUACAGCCUCCCCGCCUGGCCGUUGCACUGCCCUCCCUGUGCAUGCUGCCUUCCCGUCAGAACCCUGUGUAGCAGCUGCGGCAGCACGGACUGAACCAGGUGAUUUAUCGAGCACAGCGGGACUUGAACCUGUGACCUUUCAAGUCACAGUGGGUGGGAGCCAAGCUGCGGAGCCAGUUUCGAGGGAAGACACGUCUGGGGCAUCUGUGCCCCAUGAAAUGGCAGCUGAGACGCGUCACUGGAAAGUGAGGGAUGAGGGGUUGAAAGCAGGGGAUGCAGAGAAAGAUGGGAGUGCAGAGAAAGGCCGGGAUGCAGAGGAAGUUGGCAAUGCGGAGAGGUAUGAGGGGUUGCAGAACGAUGAGGGGCAGGACAGAGGGUGCCCCGUUGGAUGGUUGGAAUGCAGGGAAGAAGACUUGGUAGACGAGAGGGAGGCAUUGGCAGU